GAGUAUUCAUUGAGAGGAAUCAUAAAUUUUUAUGAGCCCCGAAAAGCGAGGCAGCGUGCGAUCAAAAUACAAGCAAAUCGAUACAAACCGACUCGAAAACCAGUUGUUCGAUUUGUGUUUUGUUUUCGAAGGCUGUGUUCUGGUUUGGCAUUAAAAAGCCGCCACAAAGCCAGCUCUGAGCUCAGUCUUCUUCUACCACAAUGCUAUCACUAAACUAUCCGGACUAUAUUUUGCUCACGCUGAUCGUCGGUGUCGCGAUAACAAAGUCACAGCCGCUGGAAGAAGUGGCAGUAGGAAGCCUGGAAUGUAAGGAAAAUACUUGCAUGAAACUGGAUUAUCCAAACCGCACUGAAGUCGCCUGCUUCAAUGAGAAUGUCACUGCGAAUCUGAUGAGCUACGAAUCGCUGAUUCUGCACAGUUCCCAGCUGGCUAACAUGCCCAGAAAAAUAUUCCACCAGCUGCCUCAACUAGUGGAACUUUAUGUCCUGGAGUGUGAAGUUCAGGGGAUAGAGAGAGAAUGCUUCGAAGGUUCCACAAACCUGAGAAAGUUGAAUUUCGGAGGGAAUUUCCUCAGAAUCCUGGCAAGCAACACCUUCGAACUUGCCACUCAAUUGGAGGAGCUCAACCUGUCCGACAAUCAACUGGAGGAGCUUCCGCCAAUGAUAUUCCUGCCACUUAAAAAGCUUCAGAAACUCAACCUGUCUAGCAAUCGACUGAAAACUAUUCCUCAGGGUAUAUUCUCCCAAUUGGUUUUGCUUAGUUCUGUUAUUCUGGACAGCAAUCAGUUAACGCAACUGCCAGGCGACCUAUUCAGAGAUCAGCGAAGGAAUCUGUCGGAAUUCUCGGCUAAAAGCAAUCUGCUAGAACGAGUUCCUUCGAACAUAUUCUUAUCAGUUGAACACCUCCAACUCUCGUUUAAUCCUCAACUCAGAAGGCUCCAAUCCACAGCCAAAGUUUAUGAUCUCCACGCCACCAAUUGUGGUCUGGAAUCAGUGAAGCUAAAGGGACCUGUUGUCAGAGUCCAACUGGAGGAUAACUUGAGUCUGAAUGAGUUGAAAAUAUCGCAGCCUCAGGUCCUGGAACAGCUCUAUCUGGCCAACACCAAUCUGUCCAGACUCGACUUCCUGUCCAAGGCCAGUAACUUGGUUGACUUGGAUGUGACUGGCAUUGAUAAUCUUUCGGAUCUGCCUCAGAUUUCAUCCGUCGCGGGUCUGGAGCGGCUGAGCUUUACCUAUGAUAACACAAGCUCGGAUCACAUGGACAUGCUGCCCCAGCUGAAGGAUCUUAAAUACUUAGAGAUAACCCACGACAAGGGCCGGGAGGUUUAUAUCAAGGAUCUGGAAGAUGAUUUCUUUGUCGACGAUGUUCAAAUUCAUUGCGAUCAAUUAGCGGAUCUGUUGGAGUACGUGGAAUUGCCCAAGGACACGAUGAUAUUGGAAGAUCGUAUAGUAGGAGAUAGUCGAGAGCCCCUCAGGUGUGGAGCGACAUAA